AUGGCCGACACAUCCUCCCCGCCCCGGGCAGGCCCAAGCUCCGAAGUCGGCACCACCUCACCGGCUUCGACAUCGCCGCAGCCACGGCCAUCCCCAUCCUCUGCUACGCCCGGCGAUGAUGGCUCGCGCAUUGCCGCCACCGCUGCCUCCGCUGCAACGUCAUCCCGCUUCUCGUUCCCGCGCGCCUCGCAGCCAGAGAUUGUGCGCGCCUACCAGAAGGACGUCUACUACCGCGACCUCUUCACCUCGCACCUCACCGACGUCGUCCGCGGCCUGGUCGGCACGCGCACCCUGCACGCGCACAUGGACUCGAUCGCCCUCGUCGGCAGCCUCGCCUACUUUGGCCUCACCAGCCUCGGCGGCUCCAACCAGACUCUGGGCGAGGAGUACGUCAACGCCAUGAUGGUCGGCCGCCGCGGCAGAAUCAUCCGCGCAAAGCGCCGCACCGCCUUUAUCCUCCUCCACGUCCUCGUCCCCUUCCUCCUCACGCGGCUCUACACGGCACUGCGCAGGACGUUGGCGCGCAGGGCGACGGCGCAGGAGCAGGCCGAGCAGCGGGCCAGGAUGCGCGCGCGCGCCCUCCGCCAAGCCCCGCCGACGUCCUCGCGGCCGGUGCGCGCCUAUCGCCGUCUCGUGGCGCUGCUCGCCGCCAAGCUGCCCUCGAUGGAUACCGUCACGGCCCAGGACGGCUGGCUGGCCUACGCCGGCGCUGCCCACCUCAUGCUCUUUUACCUCGGCGGCAAGUACUAUGGCGUCGCGCAGCGCGUCGCAGGCGUCUCUUAUAUCUCGACGAUACCGCAGCGGCCGGGAGCCAAGCCGCCGUCCUAUGAGGUGCUCGGCGUGCUGCUUGGCAUCCAGCUAGGAGUCAAGCUGCUCCUCUCGAUCAACGGCUACGCAUCGGAACGCCGCCGGGCCGCCAAGAAUGCCGCCACGGCCGCCGGGUCAGCUUCCGGAUCUGCCUCGACCUCGGCUUCGUCACCGACCGAGUCCAAGGAUACGGUCCAGAUCGACGGACGGGUCUACUCGCACGCCUCGUCGCCCGCGGCACUUCUGCCGACAUCCGCAGCCCCACCGCGGUCCUCGUCCCAGUCGCACCCCUCUGCCAGCGCCGGUGGGACGGUACCGCUGCACUACGUCGACGCCGGUACGCUUCCGCCUGCGUCUCUCCUCUCGCUGCCUGCGGGGCUAUCGGCAGAAGAGGUGGAGCGCGCCCAGGCAGCCUCCAAGGGGCUGGCGACCGAGCUCGAGCAGGUGGCGAGCACGGUGCUGCGCUGCACCCUCUGCAUGGACCAGCGCACGCCGCAGUGCGGAAACAGCGCCGCCACCGAGUGCGGACACGUCUUUUGCUGGGACUGCAUCGUCGGCUGGGCCAGAGAAAAGCCCGAGUGCCCACUGUGUCGUCAACACCUCAACAUCUCGACCAUCUUGCCCAUCUACAACUUUUGA